CUCUGGGUUUGCGUAUGUUGGACUCUUCAUCUUCUACCUUGCUCCACUCGCGUUGCUGCUGCCCACCUCUUCCUCUUUAUCUUCGAUCGCCCCUGCUUUCCCUGUACAUUUGAGAUCGAUGUUCCAAGGAGCAACGGAGUUGGUGGGAAGAAGAAGAAGGAGGAGUCGGGAUUUGAUUCCUGGAAUACAUGCCAUGAGAGGAGGAGAGAGAUUUCUUUGGUUUUGAUGCUCUCUUUCGACUCUGAUUUCUUGUCUUAGAGGCUUAUACGGUUACAUCCACUCACGCUAAGCACGUUUGGACAUGGCUGGAAGCAACGAAAUUAACGCCAAUGAGUCCAAGAUGGCAGUUCCUCUCAACACUUGGGUUCUCAUCUCCAACUUCAAGCUGGCUUACAACAUGCUGCGCCGCCCGGACGGCACCUUCGACCGUCACCUCGCCGAGUUCCUCGACCGGAAGGUCUCCGCGAAUGCCACCCCCGUCAAUGGCGUCGUCUCCUUUGACGUCCUCAUCGACCGCUCCCACAACCUCCUCGCCCGCAUCUACCGCCCCGCCCCCGCCACGGCGGCUGGUUCCGUUCCUCUUCUCACUGACCUCUAUCAACCGCCAUCAACCGACCCGUUUCCGGUCAUCAUAUUCUUCCACGGCGGCAGCUUCGCGCACUCCUCGUCCAACAGCGCUAUCUACGACUCCCUCUGUCGCCGGUUUGUCUCCCUCUGCGACGCUGUUGUUAUCUCAGUCAAUUAUCGGCGGGCACCGGAAUACAAGUAUCCCUGUGCAUACGACGAUGGAUGGGCAGCUCUCAAGUGGGCGAGUGCAGUGCCAUGGCUUCACAACGGCAAAGAGUCCAAACCUCGAGUGUUCCUCGCAGGGGACAGCUCUGGGGGUAACAUUGCACACCAUGUGGCGGUCAGGGCCGCGGAGUCUGGGAUCGAAAUCGCCGGUAACAUUCUCCUUAACUCCAUGUUUGGAGGGAACCAUAGGACAGAGUCUGAGAAGAGGUUGGAUGGCAAGUAUUUUGUCACCAUUCAAGACAGGGAUUGGUAUUGGAAGGCUUACCUCCCUGAGGGGGCAGAUAGAGAUCACCCUGCUUGCAACCCCUUUGGUCCCAAUGGUGUUAAGCUCGAAGGGCUUCCUUUCACCAAAAGCCUUGUCAUUGUUGCAGGCCUGGAUCUUGUUCAAGACUGGCAGUUGGCCUACGCAGAAGGCUUGAAGAAGGCUGGCCACUUUGUGAAGGUUGUGUACCGCGAACAAGCCACAAUUGGAUUCUAUUUGUUGCCAAACACCAACCAUUUCUACGAAGUGAUGGAUGAGAUCAAGGAAUUCAUCCAGGCUAACUUGUAGUGGAACGCUGCUCUUGACGGACUGUUCGUCGUUCAAUUAAUUCCUCCGCGGAUGGCAAUGAUUCACAGGCUUGCUCAUGGUUCUGUAUAAAAGGAUGCAUGAAAAUUCAGAUUAUGUUCUUGGAACUGUUCUAUUGAAUCUGAACCAUAUAAGUUCUUGUACAUGGUAUGUUGAAGAGCCUUGAUCCAGUUCAACAACAGAUGUUUCAGAAUUUUAGCUAACCACAAUGAUCGCUGUGACAUGGUCAAACGCUAAAGCUCUUAUUUUGUAUAUAUUGGCCUCCUCAGAUUCUCAGUUAAUAUAGAUUCAAAGAAAAGUAGAGAUUUGUAUUGUCCUCUUAGCUGUUGAUAGUUCUAUUCUCUCCCCUUUGCAGGGUUGAAAGAUCAAUGAAGACCCAAUCCUGUUAAAAUCUUCUGAGCCUGCCAAAUACUAUCAACACUUUUUGUUCUCCCUUCUUCCAACUCAUCUCAUCUAACAACGUGCUUCGAUCAUAUAUAUCUUUGGCACCAAACUAUUGUGGGAAAUAGAAUCAAGACAAAUGAUGGAGUUAGAGAAAGAGUAUCAGACAAGCAAUUGGAGGCUACUCUGUCACUGGUCAAUUUGUCUUGGACGUUUUUCGUUCUUGGUCAUAUUUCUAGCCGCUAGUAAUGCGUGAGCAUUUGGAUCGAACAGUGUCAGUUCUUGGCAGCUUCGCUGGAGCUGCUCUUGGGGUUUUGUUAUUGAUGGGAGGGGGAAUCCCCCCACCGAUCGAAAUUUAUUAUGGUAUUGUCGUGUGUGGAAAAUUUAAGCAUGCGUUUUACACUUUUACUUGCUAGUUAAUGCUUUCCACAGCUGUACAUGAUGAGGACCUGUCUUGGUCAUCAUCUGGCCUUAUGUAAAAUAUUGUGAAGUUGGAUACUCUGAAGUUCAAUAAUGAAUUUGUAUCAAAAUUGCUGUUUGUUAGA